AUGUCCGCCCAAAACUCUGCCGGAAUCCAGACGCUGCUUGACGCCGAGCGCGAUGCACAGAAGAUCGUCCAGCAAGCAAGAGAAUGUAAACGACCCCCGCCAUCUUCGCAUGUCUAGACCAACCUAACCUUGAAGACCGUACGAAGCGAGUAAAGGACGCACGAAGCGAGGCGCAGAAGGAGAUUGAGGAGUACAAGAAGGAGAAGGAGGCAGAGUACCAGAAGUUCGAUAAGGAGGUGCGCAUCGAAUGCAUAACACACACACAAUGAGAGGGGCAGGGGAGGCUAACAAUCACACAGCACAGCUCAGGCAACAAGAAGGCUGAGGAUGACGCGAAGAAGGACACAGACGCCAAGGUCAAGGAGGUCGAAGACCUGGGCAACAAGUCCGGCAGCAAGGUUGUUGAGCAACUGAUCAAGGCCGUAACGAAUGCCAACCCCAAGCCAGCGCGCAAGGAUUAA